GCCUUACUCCUUAUGAUAGAUAAAAUGAACAUAGAUCCAAUCAAAGGCAUUCAAAGCAUGAACCAGAUUCCUGGUCUUAAUGAUAUCAAAAAGGGACUUCCUUUGUUAGAAGACUUAGUAUCCAAAACCUCCAAUGCUACCAACUCAAGCCUCACCUACAUGAACCACAUAUCCAACCCAAAUCUCUCCUCAAUACCUAAUGAGGAAGAGCAGGAAAAUAUGAAAGAAAUGCUAAGAAAUUUAGCAGAGUUGAAAAAUAAAGCACCCAAUUUUGGCAAGAAGCAGGGCGAGAGAAAGCAGAAAGUUAAUUGGACUAGUAUCGAAGAUCACAAACUCAUAGCUAUCUAUUCUCUCUUCCCAGAUGAUUGGAAAGCAAUAGAGGUAUUCUUCCCUCAAAGAGAUUCAAUCUCAGUCAAAUCAAGAUGGAAGAGAAAGUUUGAAGAAGACUUCCAAAAGAUUCUGCAGGAUCCCAACAGAGACAACAUCCUCCAAAGACUUCAAGACCAAGGAAAAGAUGUCUUAGCAGAUAAUCCUACUCUGGCUUUACUUGCUCAUGAAAAAUCCAAGAAAAAAUCUACCACAAAAGAGUCUAAAGAUUCAGACACAGCAAGCGCUUCAACAAGCAAAAAGCCUAACAAGAGAAAGCUCAAAGAACAGAUAAAGCAAGAAGAAGCUAACAUGAGCAUCAUGAAAGCACAGCUUCAGACAUUAAGACUCCAACAAGAGAACCUAAAUCUUCAGAUAGAAUCAUCUGAAAGGACUUUAGCUGAGUUAAACUAUGAAUUAGACCAGCCUAAAUCAGACAAUUCUGAUCAUAACAGACAAAUCUCAUUGAUCCCUCAGGUAGUUUCAGACAAGCCAAAGCCAACGAUCGACAUCACUCAGAUGAUCCAAGCUCUUCCUCUGAUAGAGUCCCUUGGAAAAGGAAAUGAAGAAAGGAAAGUCACCUUUAACAAACAAGUAGAAGUGCUUAAAGAAAAGAAACCUAGGAAAAAGAGAGGUCCGUACAAAAAGAAGUCCACAAAGAAAGCCCCUGCUGUAUUAUUUAACUCUAAACCUGCUCAGAUCCAGCAAGUAGUUCCUGAGGGUACUUCUCAGGAUCAGCCUAGACACGAUUCAGCACCAAACCAGCAUAUUAACCAAGUGUUUCAGUCAAUCCCAGUACAACAGGAAGCCACUGCUGUAGCUCUAGAGACCUAA